AUGGAAAACAUCACAGAAUUUAUCCUUCUGGGGCUUUUUCCUGGUGAGAAUGGAAAGGCUGCCGGAUCUGUGCUGGUCUCCCUUUGCUAUUUUGCAAUUCUCUCUGGAAACCUACUCAUUCUUUUCACCAUCAGGGGAAGCCACCUCGGUGAACAGCCCAUGUAUUUUUUCCUCAGCCACUUGUCAUUCAUGGAUGUUUGCUUCACUUCCACAGUUGCUCCCAAACUGAUCAUAGACCUGUUGAUCCAGCUGAACACCAUUUCCUACAAUGGCUGCAUGGCACAGAUGUUUUGCGCUCACUUUUUUGGUGCCACUGAGAUAUUCAUCUUGGUGGCCAUGGCUUAUGACCGUUACGUAGCCAUCUGCAGGCCACUUCACUACACAGUCAUCAUGAGCAGAAAGGUGUGCUGUGUCCUUGUGAUGGUCUCUAUUACUGGAGCUUUUAUCCACUCACUCUUGCAUGUAGUGAUUAUUAUCAAUGUUCCCUUCUGUGGCCCCAAUCGGAUAGAUCACUUUUUCUGUGAUAUAUUUCCCUUGUUGAAGCUGGUCUGCACUGACACUACGCUCUUGGUUAUUAUAAUCAUCACCACCACAGGGGUGUUGUCUAUUUUGACCUUUGUUGCCUUGGUAAUUUCUUACAUCAUCAUCCUGAACACCCUGAGGAGCCACUCAGCCAAGAGCCGGCGCAAAGCCCUCUCCACCUGUGGCUCUCACAUCACUGUUGUGUUCAUGUUCUUCUUGCCCCUCAUUUUCACCUAUGUCCCUAUGGCUGAUUCUGUUAGUGAAGACAAGGUGUUUGCUCUAUUUUAUACCAUGAUUGCCCCCUUAUUCAACCCCCUCAUCUAUACAUUGAGAAACACAGAUAUGAAGAAUGCUAUGAGGAGAGUAUGGUGCCAAGACAAAUGGUUUGAAAGGAAUUAG